UUUCAAGCUUGUCUUUAACCACCACUUCAUUGUGUUUCAGACGUUCUGGUGCCAUCUUGAACUAUAAAGCAUUAUUCUCCAUAAUUUUGAUUGCUGUAAACACUUGGUAGCAUAUAUUGAAAACAUGGCCUCCCUUAUCAAACUUUGCUUCUUCUUCCUUCUGUUCAUUCAAGCUACUCUCUUACUUUCACCCUUGGUGCACAGUGAUCGUGAGGCCAAUGAAGAUGAUGUUCUCCAAGGCAUCAAUAGCUACAGACGAUCACUAAGCUUACCGGCCCUAAUCAAGCACGACAAAGCCGAUUGCCUAGCAGGAGAGAUUGCUGAUGAUAUAAACGAUCAACCAUGCAGCAGCCGAACCAAUGGUGCCAACAUCUCUCCAGCAUCUGUGUCAACUGACCUUCCCAGUCUUCCAAGUAACUUGAUUAAGUGCAAAAUAGAUGUGAACAGCACAGUGGAUGGGGUCAUCAUGCCAGUUUGUGUUCCCAAAGCGGUCGCAACUCUUGUGCUUACCAACUAUACUAGUUCCCCACACUACGCGAAGUUUCUGAAUGAUUCGAGGUUCACUGGGGUUGGAGUUGGUACCGAGGAUGAUUGGACUGUGGUGGUUUUGGCCACAAGUACCCGAACAGGAAGCUUUGCCAAUGCAUCACUCUUUGGUUUCGAGGGUUUCCACAGUUCAUUACUUGGUUUCCUUCAUGUUGUGGCUUAUUUUUCUUGGCUGAAGUAGGCUUUGUUGGUGACUGUCUUAUGUUGUACCCAUUUUAUUUCUGCUAGUUGUAAAUCAGUGUAUUUGGAAGGUGGGAUUUAGUUUCGAUUUCAUGUAAACCAUGACCUACUUUCGAAUAAUUCAUCGUGUUAAUUUCUUGCUUUUAGUUC